CACAAACAUAGUUCCAGUACUUGAAAAAAAAAGACUCAGAUCCUUAAAAAAGAGAAUCGAAAACUCUCUCCUCUCUAUUCAUAUAAAGCGAAAGAUGGAAAGGCGCUUCCGUUUUCGUUUGUAAUUUUAGAUGCUACAUCAGAUCUGAGAAAAUUGGCGGUCGAAGAGAAAGAAGAAGAAAAACGAGAAGGGGGAGAAGAUGUUGACAAAGUUUGAGACGAAGAGUAAUAGAGUAAAGGGACUGAGUUUCCACGCUAAGAGGCCAUGGAUCUUAGCCAGUCUCCACAGUGGCGUUAUCCAGUUAUGGGACUAUCGUAUGGGUACUCUGAUUGAUCGAUUCGACGAACACGAUGGCCCCGUUCGCGGCGUCCAUUUCCACAUGUCUCAGCCUUUGUUCGUCUCUGGAGGGGAUGACUACAAGAUAAAGGUCUGGAACUACAAGUUGCAUAGAUGUCUUUUCACACUUCUUGGGCAUCUUGAUUAUAUUCGUACUGUGCAAUUUCAUCAUGAGCAUCCGUGGAUUGUGAGUGCCAGUGAUGAUCAGACUAUUCGCAUCUGGAACUGGCAGUCACGAACUUGCAUAUCUGUGUUGACUGGCCAUAAUCAUUAUGUUAUGUGUGCCUCAUUCCAUCCUAAAGAAGACCUCGUUGUAUCGGCCUCCCUUGAUCAGACUGUUCGGGUUUGGGAUAUUGGUUCCCUGAGAAAGAAGACUGUCUCCCCAGCGGAUGACAUUUUGCGGUUAAGUCAGAUGAACACAGAUCUUUUUGGUGGUGUUGACUCAGUUGUUAAGUAUGUGUUGGAAGGUCAUGACCGAGGAGUAAAUUGGGCUGCAUUUCACCCCACCUUACCGCUGAUUGUCUCUGGAGCAGAUGAUCGACAAGUGAAAUUGUGGCGUAUGAACGAGACAAAGGCUUGGGAAGUGGAUACCUUGAGAGGGCACAUGAAUAACGUGUCAUGUGUUAUGUUUCAUGCCAAACAAGACAUCAUUGUGUCUAAUUCCGAGGAUAAAAGUAUUCGUGUGUGGGAUGUAACAAAGCGAACUGGACUUCAAACUUUCCGUCGAGAACAUGACAGAUUCUGGAUUCUUGCUGCCCAUCCUGAAAUGAAUCUUUUGGCUGCUGGACAUGACAGUGGCAUGAUUGUAUUUAAGCUAGAGAGAGAGCGUCCUGCUUUUGCAGUGAGUGGGGAUUCUCUCUUUUAUGCCAAAGACCGGUUUUUAAGAUAUUAUGAGUUUUCAACUCAAAGAGAGGCGCAAGUAAUUCCAAUUCGACGGCCUGGUUCCACAACGUUGAAUCAAAGUCCAAGGACUCUUUCUUACAGUCCUACAGAAAAUGCUGUUCUUAUCUGCUCAGAUGUUGAUGGAGGAUCUUAUGAGUUGUAUGUGAUACCAAAAGACAGCAUUGGUAGGGGUGACAGUUUGCAGGAGGCAAAGAGAGGUCUUGGGAGUUCUGCUAUAUUUGUGGCUCGAAACCGGUUUGCUGUGCUCGACAAAGGCAACAACCAAGUCUUAAUCAAGAAUCUAAAAAAUGAAGUAGUUAAAAAGAGUGGCCUCCCAGUGCCUACGGAUGCAAUAUUUUAUGCUGGAACAGGUAACUUGUUGUGUAGGUCAGAGGAUAGAGUAGUUAUAUUUGAUCUCCAGCAGAGGAUUGUUCUUGGUGAUCUUCAAACCCCCUUUGUGAAGUAUAUUGUUUGGUCUAAUGAUAUGGAAAGUGUUGCUUUGCUCAGCAAGCAUGCCAUUAUCAUUACUAACAAGAAGCUUGUGCACCAGUGCACUCUUCAUGAGACAAUACGUGUAAAAAGUGGAGGCUGGGAUGACAAUGGUGUUUUCAUUUACACCACCCUAAACCAUAUAAAAUACUGUCUUCCCAAUGGAGAUAGUGGAAUAAUUCGAACGCUUGAUGUUCCAAUAUACAUAACAAAGGUUUCAGGAAAUACUUUAUUUUGCCUGGAUCGUGAUGGGAAGAAUAGGACUAUAGUCAUUGAUGCUACAGAAUACAUUUUCAAGCUCUCUCUGCUUCGGAAGAGAUAUGAUCAUGUUAUGGGCAUGAUAAGAAACUCCAAGCUUUGCGGUGAGGCUAUGAUUGCUUAUCUCCAACAGAAGGGGUUCCCUGAAGUGGCUCUCCAUUUUGUCAAAGACGAGAAAACACGCUUUAAUUUGGCUCUAGAGAGUGGGAACAUUCAAAUUGCUGUUGCAUCAGCUAAGGAGAUAGAUGACAAAGAUCAUUGGUAUAGGUUGGGUGUGGAGGCUCUUCGCCAAGGCAAUGCAGGUAUAGUGGAAUAUGCUUAUCAGAAGACAAAAAACUUUGAGAGGUUGUCUUUUCUUUAUCUCAUAACCGGUAACCUGGAAAAGCUGUCCAAGAUGCUGAAAAUUGCAGAAGUUAAGAAUGAUGUUAUGGGUCAGUUUCACAAUGCUUUGUAUCUUGGUGAUAUCCAGGAACGUGUUAAAAUCCUGGAGAAUUCUGGUCACUUGCCUCUUGCUUACCUUACAGCAUCGGUCCAUGGGCUACAGGAUGUGGCUGAAAGGUUAGCAGCUGAGUUGGGAGAUGAUGUUCCUCCUCUGCCAGAGGGGAAAGAACCUUCCCUUUUGAUGCCUUCUGCCCCCGUUUUAUGUGGUGGUGAUUGGCCCCUUCUGAGAGUCAUGAAAGGCAUAUUUGAAGGUGGAUUGGAUAGUGAUAUUGGCAGGGGUGCUGUGGAUGAAGAGGAGGAGGGUGUAGAAGGUGAUUGGGGUGAAGAUCUUGAUGUGGUUGAUGUUGAUGGCUUACAGAAUGGUGACAUCACUGCAAUUUUGGAGGAUGGGGAAGUGGCUGAAGAAAAUGAAGAAGAGGGUGGAUGGGACCUUGAAGAUUUGGAACUUCCCCCUGAGGCAGACACCCCAAAGGUUUCUGGGAAUGCUCGGUCAUCUGUUUUUGUGGCACCUACUCCAGGUAUGCCUGUAAAUCAGAUUUGGAUUCAGAGAUCAUCUCUUGCUGCUGAGCAUGCAGCAGCUGGCAAUUUUGAUACAGCAAUGCGAUUGCUUAGCAGGCAACUUGGCAUUAGAAACUUUGCCCCUUUGAAGUCGAUGUUUCUUGAUCUUAACACUGGUAGCCAUAGCUAUCUCCGUGCAUUUGCAUCUGCACCAGUGGUGUCACUGGCAGUUGAGCGUGGAUGGAACGAAUCUGCUAGUCCUAAUGUGAGGGGUCCACCAGCACUUGUGUUCAAUUCCUCUCAAUUGGAUGAAAAGGUGAAUGCGGGUUACAAGGCCACAACAGCUGGGAAAUUCACUGAAGCUCUUCGGCUUUUCCUCAACAUUCUUCAUACAAUUCCAUUGAUUGUUGUGGAGUCAAGGAGGGAAGUUGACGAAGUCAAGGAAUUGAUUAUUAUUGCUAAGGAGUAUGUUCUUGGUCUACAGAUGGAGCUUAGGAGGAAAGAAAUGAAAGACAAUCCAGUACGCCAGCAGGAGCUUGCUGCCUACUUCACCCACUGCAACCUUCGGACACCUCACUUAAGGCUUGCUUUGCAAAAUGCAAUGUCUGUAUGCUUCAAGGCAAAGAACAUGGCCACAGCAGCUAACUUUGGCAGACGUCUACUAGAAACAAACCCCACAAAUGAGAAUCAAGCAAAGACUGCAAGGCAAGUGCUUCAAGCUGCUGAGAGGAAUAUGACAGAUGCCUCUCAGCUGAACUAUGAUUUCAGAAACCCAUUUGUGGUAUGUGGGGCAACUCAUGUGCCAAUUUACAGAGGACAGAAAGAUGUAUCUUGCCCAUAUUGCACUACACGCUUCGUUCCUAGCCAGGAAGGGCAAUUGUGUACUAUCUGUGAUCUUGCAGUGGUUGGGGCAGAUGCUUCAGGGUUGCUCUGUUCUCCUUCACAGAUACGAUGAUCAAGUUGCUGAAGUUGGAUCUACUUUUCAACUUUAUCUUGCUGACCUCUUUUAGCUGCAGAAACCUGCCUGGGUUGAUCGAUUCAUAUCUGUGUGUGAAAGGUCAGAUUACUGAAGAGGAGUUGCAAACCAAAUUAAUUUUUUGUGCUAUUUCCUUUUAUUUGCUUUUUGUUUAAUUCCUCUUAAUAGUUCAUAAUUAUUUUCAAUGUAAGAAUAAAUUUGGAGUUUUUCGUUAUCAGGCUUUUCUUGUCUGUUGAUGUCUAUAGACAAGAAUAUUCAUAGGUGCCUUGUUAAUUAGAUGAUGUCAUAGGUAGCACUUACAUAUCGAUUUUAUGCAUUUAUGAUUUCAGAAAUUUUCUUUUUGCCAGUUUCUCGUACUUGGAAGUUUUGAACUGUGGCCCAUCUUGGGCAGUGGAAGUGAUAUCUUUUUCCAA